AUGGAUGGUGACGUACUCGUGGCCCAAGCAUUGAGCUUUCUCGCAGCUGGUUUUGACACGACAUCCACAACCAUGAGCUAUGCUCUGUAUGAACUGGCCAUGAACGAAGACAUACAAGAGAAACUGCGUACGCAGCUUCAAGAAACAAUGCAAAAACACGAUGGGAAACUCACUUAUCAAGCAUUACAGUGUGUGAAUUACUUGGAUAUGAUUUUCUCAGAAACCCUUCGGAAGUACCCGGUCUAUCCCUUCCUGGACCGCACGUGCACCAAAACGUACCGCGUGCCGGGCACCGACAUUGUCCUGGACAAGGGCGUGUUCGCCUUCACCAGCAUCCUCGGCAUCCAGAGGGACCCGCAGUACUUCCCAGAGCCCGAACGCUUCGAUCCGGAGAGGUUCUCCGACGCCAACAGAGGCAACAUCCCCAGCUGCUGCUUCAUGUCUUCGCCUUGGGUACUUGCAAGGAAAACUGGGAAUUGCCCAUAUUAUACUCAACUACCGAGUUCACCCUUGUGCAUCAACGCCUAA